UCUCUCCGUCAAAUUUCAUUCUAUCUAUAAUCUCCUCAGAGAGCCAGCACCAACACUACUAUAAACAAGUUAUAUAAUGCUAUUUGAGACGAUCGAUCUCAUUGUGGCCGAGACGCGCAGAGAAAAGUCGAAGUUUGUUUACUGGGGAAGGCUUAGGAGUCAGAGAGUCUAAAGCUGUUGUACUAACCCCUUUCGCCUCGGAGGAAACUCGGUUGAAUUCAAUAGGACGUCUCCGUAGACAGGGAUCCUGCAGGAUGACCAAAUCGUACAGCGAGAGCGGGCUGAUGGGGGAGCCCCAGCCGCAGGGUCCCCCCAGCUGGACGGACGACUGCCUCAGCUCCCAGGAGGAGGAGCACGAGGCGGAGAAGAAAGAGGGCGACCUGGAAGCUAUGCACGCCGAAGCCGAGGUGGACUCGCUGAGGAACGGCGAGGAGGAGGAAGAGGAGGAGGAAGAGGACGACCUCGAAGAAGAGGAGGAGGAAGAAGAGGAGGAGGAGGAGGAAGAAGACGACGACGAUCAGAAGCCCAAGAGGCGCGGUCCCAAGAAGAAGAAGAUGACCAAGGCCCGCUUGGAGAGGUUCAAGCUGCGGCGCAUGAAGGCCAACGCCCGCGAGCGGAACCGCAUGCACGGCCUCAACGCGGCUCUGGACAACUUGCGGAAGGUGGUGCCUUGCUAUUCCAAGACGCAGAAGCUGUCCAAGAUCGAGACGCUGCGCCUGGCCAAGAACUACAUCUGGGCCCUCUCGGAGAUCCUGCGCUCCGGCAAGAGCCCCGACCUGGUCUCUUUCGUGCAGACGCUCUGCAAAGGCCUGUCCCAGCCUACCACCAACUUAGUGGCCGGCUGCCUGCAGCUCAACCCGAGGACUUUCCUGCCCGAGCAGAGCCAGGACCUGCCGCCGCACAUGCAACCGCCCAGCGCUUCCUUCCCGGUGCACCCUUACGCCUACCAGUCGCCAGGGUUGCCUAGCCCGCCUUACGGCACCAUGGACAGCUCCCACCUGUUCCACGUGAAAGCGCCGCACUCCUACGGCGCGGCGCUGGAGCCUUUCUUCGAGAGCGCGCUAGCCGAGUGCGCCAGCCCUUCCUUCGACGGGCCCCUCAGCCCGCCGCUCAGCGUCAACGGGAACUUCUCUUUCAAACACGAACCUUCCGGAGAGUUUGAGAAAAAUUAUGCCUUCACCAUGCACUACCCCGCCGCCGCCGCCCUGGCGGGGACUCCGGGACACGGGUCGCUCUUCUCCUGCUCUGCCUCUCGCUGCGAGAUCCCCAUCGACAACCUCCUGCCCUACGAGAGCCAUGCCCACCACGAGAGGGUCAUGAGUGCCCAGCUCAAUGCCAUCUUUCACGACUGAGCCCUUCCAGAAGCGUCGGAACAGAGGAGCGAAGGGGCAUCGAGGGGCUGCCUUGCUUAGGAAGGGGGGGUCCCACAACACAGACACCCACCCACCCUAGGGCUCCAAGUGCAAAAAGACGGGAAGGGGCAAAGGGGGGAACUUCCAAACGCCAGAGUCAUCUAUAUAAAUAUAUGGGGAGACUACAUUUUUCCUGGUCCCCCUUCUGUAAAUCCCACCUCCCUCCGCUAAGCUUCCCUACCCCGCACGGUCCCGAAUGUAAAUCUGCACUAUCAAUUUAGUGUAUAAGAAAGUGAGCCAGUCUCCCCACUGAUCUGAUCGGGACAAAAAAAAUAAAUCACAAGCAAUAAUUAGGAUCUAUGCAAUUCUUAUUAAUUUUUUCUUGUUUUUGACACUAGACGUGGGCCAGUUUAAAAAAAAAUCGAAAAAAGUAUAUAUAAAAUGUCUAUUUUUCAACCAGCAUUUUUCCUACUUGCUACCUUUUCCCAUGCCGAAUUAUUUUGUUGUGGUUUUGUACAGAAUUUUUAAUAACUUUUGAUAAACUAUUUUAAACCAUGCAGCUUCAUCGAUUUUUAUACGUAUUGGAAACAAAGUAGAAUUAUAUCUAAUUUAUACGAAAUAAUUUAAGUAAUUUAAACCAGCAGAAAAGUGCUUAGAAGAGGUGUGUGGGGAGGGGGGGAUGUUCUGUUGCCUUAGCACCUCCCCGCCCCGUUCAUUUUCCUUUCACGUUCUUCACACACACAAAUGCACAGCGCCAGCAAAGUCUUUCCCAUUAAAAUUUCGUUUCCUUCCAGUAAGAACCAGAUUCCUACAGGGUUUUUGGAUUAUUAUUUUUUAAAAAAUGGAAGUAGGAAAAUAUUUAUUUCCUAUUGGAACAUAUCAAUCCAACGGAAGGUUUGCAAAACCUUAUGUGCGGAUAGAGAAACCCUCCCACCCGCCAGACAUUCAUGUUUUCAUAAGGAAAUGCCAAGUUCUUCCCUUUUUUCCCGAAUCAAAAGCUGCUUGACUAUCACAUUCAAUUUGCACUGUUUCUUUUUAAUCUUUGGCGUCCCCGUCCCUUCUCCUCACGUGAUUUUGAAGAGAACAGAGAUAACUUGAAAACACUUAAUGUUUCCAGGCAAUGAUAAAUGCAUGAUAUAUAUAUUUUUAAAUAUAUACAUAGUCACAUGAAUCGGUGGUUUGUCAUAUUUCCGUCCAGGAGUCGAAAAGCCAAUCAGGUUCACUAUGGUUGGGGUUGUUAUAUAAUAUACUGGUGGAUUGUAGUCAGUAGUUUCAAACCCAUUCGAACCAUUUGACUUCGUAAUUAGAACAAUAUAGUUAUUAUGCAUGUACAAUGCAAUCCGCAAUAAGUGCUGUCUGAAAUGUAACGCUGGUUCAACCGAACUCAAUCUGUACUGUAAUUUUGUUCGUAAUCCUGUAUAUGACUAUGUAAUGCACAUUUGGGAAUUUAGUAAGCACACCUUUGGAACGAGAUAGUAAGGAGACGUCCGUCAAAUGUUGCAUUUCUCCUUAAAUAUGAUUCCCCUCUCCCUUCCCCCUUCUUAGUGUGAGCAAUUCCUAUGGGAUUAUUGUAACAGUUCCUUAAAAAAAAAGGUGCAACCUUUACUAAUUUGUACAAUAAACGGAAGUUUAAGAAAAAAA